CCAAACCAAACCAAACCAAAAAAAACAUAAACAUAAAUCAACCCAACCAGACAUCUCCAUCACCAUCUGGUCCAUCUCCAUAUGCAACACCAAAAACUCCCUCCGAUCCAACGGUCUUAACUGCAUCGAUUCAAUCACUUCAAACUCUUCUUCAAUUAACGGUAGUUGAAGUUUGAAGCUCAUCAUGGCUAGGAUAAAACCUCAGGCUUUAUUACUUCAGAGCAAAAAGAAGAAGGGCCCAACUCGAAUCAGCGUCACUACCAUAAUUUUGUGCAAUUUGUUAGUUGUAUUGAUUGUUUUGUGCUUAUUUGGCUCAUACCGCCACUGGUCUAGAAGGACAUUGGACCAAGGCGGGGCUGGAUUGCCAAAUUUGGAGGACAAUGAUGCCUUUUCUUCUUCUAAGAAGUAUGAGAGUGAUAGCUUUUCAGAGCCAAAGAAGUAUGAUCUACCUGGUUUUGCUAUGAUAAAGACGCCAAAAGGUCAUAUAACAGUGGAACUCUUCAAGGACGGUUCUCCAGAAAUCGUUGAUAGAUUCCUUGACUUGUGUCAAAAAGGAUUCUUUAAAGGGAUGGCAUUUAGUCAUGUGAUAAAAAACUACGUGAUUCAUGGAGGAAACUCCCAAGGGAUUGGAAUAGCUGAAGAGUGGAUAUCAAGGGGGAAGGCGCACAGUGAACUUACUACAAGCCCAAAGCAUGAAGCAUUUAUGCUUGGAACUUCAAAGCAUAAGCAUGAUAGCAAGGGAUUUGAGCUUUUUAUCACAACUGCACCAAUACCAGAUUUAAACGAUAAGAUACUUGUGUUUGGACGGGUCAUCAAGGGUGAGGAUGUGGUCCAGGAAAUCGAAGAGGUGGAUACUGACGAGCAUUAUCAGCCUAAAUCUAAUGUAGGAAUCAUUGAUGUCACUCUGAAACGUGAAAUCUAAGGGCUGAACUGAGCUAGUGUAAAGUUUUCCCUGUGUGCCAAAGUGCCGCUCUGUUGUUUCUUGUGUCACAAUGCAUCUUUUUACAUCUUCUCCUCCUUAUUUUCUCUUCAUUUUUUCUAAUUUUACUGCUAAUUUGUUUUGUAUUUCCCAGUGGGGGCAAUUGGGUAGGAGAGAGUUUGAGUAGGCUUGAUGUUUAUGUUUAGUUAAAAGGUUCCACAUCUUGGUUUUUGAUUUAAUAUAACAUUGGGUUAAAUUUCACUUGA